CUAGCUCUUUGCUCUUUCGUGUUGGAAAAAUGUUAUGGUGUCUUAUCCAAAUCAAAACUCAAAUUAGAAGGUGUUAUUGUAACAAUUAGUUGCCCUGGUUUGGUAUUUACCUUCAAAGAGUAGGUCAAACGCAGGCAUCAUCUGAUGGGUUACUGCCGUGUUCUCUUUGGCAAUUUGUCAGUCACGUGGUGGGUCGUCCUUCUGUGACAAGCAUAUGAGAAAUCUGAGAAAGCUUUAGCGUUUUACAGGUUUAAUGGUGGAGAUUUCUUGCAAAAAUUCAAAGGAAAAAGCAUCAUGUUCGUCGGAGACUCUCUAAGCAGAAACCAAUGGCAGUCACUGGUGUGCAUGCUUUAUACUGCAGUGCCCAGACCCAAAUUCAAUCUCACCAGACAAGCCGAUAUCUCCUCCUUCACGUUCACGGAUUAUGGAGUGAAAGUGAUGCUUAAUCGCAAUGUGUUUUUAGUGGAUGUAGUGAGGGAUGACAAGGGCAGGGUCUUGAAACUUGACUCAAUAGUGGGUGGCAAGCUAUGGAAAGGGAUUGACAUGCUAAUCUUCAACACUUGGCAUUGGUGGAACCGCAGAGGAGUUGGACAACCAUGGGAUUAUAUUCAAGUAGGGAAUCAGACAUACAAAGACAUGGACCGAAUGGCUGCUUUUGAGAGGGCACUCAAUACUUGGGCUGGGUGGGUGGAUUCUAAUGUUAACUCUACCAACACCAAGGUCUUCUUUCAGGGGAUUUCUCCAUCUCAUUACAAUGGCACUGAUUGGAACGAACCAAAAGCAAAGACAUGCUUGGGACAGAAUCAGCCGGUGGUUGGCUCAGUUUAUCCCGGGGGCCUACCACCUGCUUUGACAGUGCUGAAGAGAGUAUUGAGCAAAAUAACGAAGCCUGUCAAGUUGCUCGAUAUAACAAACAUUUCACUGCUGCGUAAAGAUGGGCAUCCUUCCAUUUAUGGCCUGGGAGGAAGAACCGGUAUGGAUUGCAGCCAUUGGUGUCUUGCAGGAGUCCCUGAUACUUGGAACCUAAUACUUUAUAAUCUUAUUCGUUAACCAUCACAUUGCCACAACUGGAAUACAGUGGCAAAUUGAACAGAAGAUUUUGAUUUUGACAGAAUAAAAGCAUUGUAAUUGCAGUGCUUUUGGAUCAUUUAUGUAUUGCAGAGCCUGUUAUAGGCGAGAAGUUUGUGUUGGGUACGAGCAUUUUAAUUGCAUGGCUUUUAUGAAUCAAUGGCUUUUGU